CCGGGACUUGCUGGUGCAUUUGAUGGCUGCCGCCCCUUCACAGAAGGAUGGUUCCUCCGCUGCCACACCAAGUUCAAACUCCGCAAGAAUCAAUUACAGGAUUCUCAAGGACCAACUGAAGUAUUCUCAGCACUUUCCGGACAUAGACAAGUCUAUGAAACCAGAGGAGAGCCAGGUGCCAUCUUUCAGUGAAGUCGGUGGGGAAGCAAGUGCUACUCUGAAUUACAAUUGCCAGGGGAAACAUUCAUUCUCUUAUGAUGAGUUGCUAAAUAGGAAUGAGCAACUGAGCACCCAACUGGAUAUCUUAACUUUGGAAUUAAAACAACUCCACGAGCAACAAGAUACCAUCAGUUUACUGCGGGAGAGUCAAAAGUCUCUUGUUUCCACGAACAAUUUUCUCCUGCAACAGUUGAAUAGAGAACAGGACCCUUCCGCAGCCAGAGAAGCCCUUCACUCAGAGAAGAUCACCACUUCUGCCAAGGCACCAUUCAUCGAGAGAAUGCCCCACCGUGCUCCACCCUCCUCUGCCUUUGGCUCCAGCCACCUAUGCACUUCACAGCAGCUAAGCAGCUGUCCUCUCUGACAGGGAGCACAGCAUCACCUUCCCGGGCUGAAUAUCUCAUGAAUUAUGCUUCCUUUCACAUGAGUAUAGCAUGAAAUGAUGUGUCUGAAGUUUGCGGCUUUUAUCGAUGUGAUUUCUUUGGCCUUACAUUAAUCUUAGCAGAGGGAGGUUCCCAAUGGAUCCUUCAAACCAAGCUCCCAUUCUCAGGGCAGGUGGAGAUGCCAAACCUGGUUCAUUCCCAACACAUUUUCUUGAAUCACAUCAAGGAAAGAAAAGACUCUGCCUCUUCCCCCAGCACUGUUCUUAAUUUUCCAGGGUACUUAUGGUUGGGCCACAUUUUUAUAUUUAUCUUGUGUGUGCGUGUGCGUUCUCUACAGUGCAGCUUUCCAAAGGUCUAAGUCAGUUCAUCCUAUGCCUCUAUACUGGGACCAGGUUGGCAGCUCAUUUGGACAUAUUAGUAUUGAUCUUUCACUCCCUUCUUUUGUCUGCAAGACUGGCUUCUCUAGUGGGAAGAUCAAAGCCUCCCCCCCCCCAAAAUGGCAGCAGUGGAAAUAAAGAGCCUUCCCCAGCGAAAGAGCAGUGAAUGGCAAACAAGAAGGAGGAUCUUUCUUUCCUCUGCAGCUGCACCUCCACACAAGCUCUGCUCAGCUUCCGCAGGGUCAGUGUGAAAACAAACCCCCUGCCCCACCACUGUUGGAUACUAUGGAGGCACAGCUGUAUUGGCCAAUGCCAGUGCAGAGUGGCUGAGUCAGGACUCGCUUCCCGAUUAUCUGUCCGCUUGAGGCCACUCCCCACCUGAGGAACAGCCCUAAGUUUUUGGUUUCCUUUCUAUUUCUGCCAGAUAUUGUGGGGGAGACAAGUUCAGCUUACACAAAUUAAAUCAAAUGUGCCCCUUUGGAGUAUUCCCUCCCCGCUUGAUGGGUCAACUCUGAACGUGGGGGGAAGCAGCUGGGUCUCCAUCAUGUGUGCAGAUGUGAAUGAACUUUCACCUGGGGACAAGACAGGCAGAGUGAGUCAGUGUAAGCAUGAUAACAUUUUGAAUAUUCACGGUGACAUUUUUUCAACCCACUCUGCGCGCAUCGUCUUUGGCUUGGAAAUGCCAUUUUUGAAAGUGAUUUCUGGUUUUCAGCAGGCAAGGGAGAAGCCGCGGUUCAUUUCAUAAAAAAGAGGGACUCCAGGGCUCCAUAGUGUACUCAUGCUGAUUAUAAUGUGCCUUUGCUGACUUUUAAUCAUUUUUCCCUGAAGGAGGCAUUGCUUAACUGUGAAAAACCGAAAGUGCCCCUUGCCCUGCUCUUUGUUCUUAAAUGGGCUGAUGAAGGUGGGAGCAGCAGUCAGGCAGCGAUGAUGAUCCAG